CGGAGCCAUGCGGCGGCGCGAGGAGGUGGACGCCACGCUGCAGACGGCCAAGCUGAACGCGGCCGAGCUGCUGCCGCCCGUGCACUGCCUGCGCUUCGGGCCGCAGGCGGCCGCCGGCGCCUGCUGCCUGCUGCAGCUGGAGCCGGGCCUCUGCGCCGAGCUGCAGGCGGGCCGCAGCCUAGUAAUCCGUGGUGAAAAGGAUGAACAAGCAGUAUUGUGCAGCAAAGAUAAAACUUACAACAUGAAAAUAGCAGAUACCUCAAAUAUGCUCUUGUUUGUUCCUGACUGCAAAACUCCAGAACAACUGAAGGCAGAUCAAGAAUCUUGUAAUAUUAUUCAUUCAGAGAUUGCUGGCUUUUCCAAUAACUACUGGGAAUUAAGGAGAUGUCGACCUAAACUGAAGAAGCUGAGGAAGCUUUUGAUGGAAGAUCCGUAUGAGGGGCCAGAGAGUGGAAAAGAUCAGACUUCGACUAUUUCAAAGUAUACAACAGAAGAUUUAUUAAGUCUGGUUCAAGCAAGUGAAGAAGAAAUACUGCACCAGUUGCAGGUUAUAGAUGCCUGCAGAAUUGAAGGAUAUUGGAGAGUUCUCGAUUUUGACUAUGAGGUAAAACUCUUGAAUCAUGUAACUCAGCUGAUAGACUCAGAGUCCUGGUCUUUCAGUAAGGUUCCUUUAAAUAAUUGUCUUCAAGAACUUGGACCUUUAGAACCCGUAGAGAUGAUAGAACAUAUUCUGUUAAGCUACGGAAGGAAAUAUACUGAUGAACGGGAAGUUUACUUCGAAAUGAAUGAAGAUAAAAUAUGCAGAACUAUAGCACAAAUGCUUUUGCAAAAUGCAGUUAAAUUCAAUCUAUCAGAGUUUCAAGAAGUCUGGCAACAGAGUGUCCCUGAAGGGAUGACUACAAGGCUUGAUCAGCUCAAGGGUUUGGCUCUAGUGGAUAGAAGCUCCAGACCAGAGACUAUCUUUCUGCUGAAGGUAGAAGAUUUACCUGAAGAUAAUCAGGAAAGAUUCAACAGCUUAUUUAGCAUACGGGAAAAGUGGACAGAAGUGGAUAUUACCCCAUAUAUACAAGACUUAUGUGCAGAGAAGCAGACUGUUGGUGCACUUUUGACCAAGUAUGCCCGUUCCUCAACACUAAAUGGUGUUAAAGUUUACAAUUCUAGAAGACCCAUCUCAUAACAAGCCCUGUUUUAAGAACUGAGAAUACUGAAUAGAAUAACAGUGUUGUUCCUUCCUGUCUUCCGGGGGAAGGCGCCAUUAAUUAACUUUAUACAGCAUUAUAUAUCUCAAGUUAAAGCAGUUAAGUUUCUUGAAUUAAUUCUGUUUUCUGCUCACCUAAGUAGAAUGCAGGGGAACUAGCCUUUUUGAAGAAAGCAUUGUCUGCAGCCUGUUUCCACCUUCCUUUCCCUGUCUUCUUUUCCCUUUGUAUGUGUAGUCACACCAGGAAUCAAGCUACUCCAUAAACUGAAGACUGACGUUAAAAAUUAAAUCCUUUACCAUAAUGUUUGAAUAUAGGGUUUCAACAGCAAAAUGGAAUGCUUAGUCAUUUGUCUAUCAGUGAAUGCUCUUAAACAUUCAGAUUUUAUAGCAAUGGUGAUGUUUUGAAUGCUGUAUACCUUGACAAACUCAUAAAUAAUUUUUCCUGACUGGUCAUAGUUUUGGAAGGUGAUUCUUAUUUAUUGUGGUCAUGUUUUUAUGAAUAACAUUUAGUAGAAAAUUAUGGAUGUUUAUUGGCACAAGCUCUUGACUUGGCAAAAUUACCUUUCAAAUAUUGCAAAGAACAAGUUUCAUAACAAUCAGUUUUGUAAAAUCCAGUAUGAAGACAUGGGAAACUAUUUGGACAUUGUGUUACAAACUCUGUGACUUUCUAUAAACUGCUGUUGGAAUGUAGUUAAUGUAAAACUUACGGUUCAUGGAAGACUGUCUUUGUUUUAACAAGAACUUACAAAAUAAAACUUUGUUAUGUUUUUUUUCUUUUUUUCCCUAGCAAGUAUGUACAUUUUGAAAUUGUACCUUGAAAAUUUAGGGUGGAAUUACAUUUCAUGUAGAUUCAUGAAAUGGGAGUUGGUGCAAUAUUGCCGCAGAAUGGAGUGCCCGAAAUUAAGAUUUCCUAAUUAUUAAAAAGUUGCUUGCAUUUGUCGCUGAA